AUGUUCCUCUUUCAUUUCUUUCUAGCAGGAUUAUCUUCAUCGCUGUCAAUUUGGAAGGAUGAUACAACGUGUCAUACAGCAUUUGUCUUGAUGAUGCUUAUAUAUGAUAAAAUAUAUAAUUUAUCAGAUGGUAGCGAUGAUAGCUCAAUCAAGAAGCAAAACAACAGGAAGAAUCCAGACAGCAAUGAUAAUACCAAUGCAGUAAUGGAAUCACAUAUUCACCAGGUGCAAGUUCAUUUGGAAGAAGAGGAAAUACUGUAGGAAAAGGCGAGCAAAAUGGCUCCUUUCGUAGAUGGCUUGUUGAAUUGAAGGCAUCCAUUUGCGCCCCUCAAACUUCAGCAAUCCCAUUAAACAGGUAUCUAUACAUAAAUCGAAGUAUGCAAGCGAGAUCUACUCAUUAUUAUUGACCUUAGCACUGCCGAUUCUUUGUUUCCCUCAUAUGUUUUCGUACCACACCGACAUAAGUACCACUCACUAACAUCAAACUACAUUUAUAGUACAGACGUCAUCAUCGAUCUACUCUACAAAGGAUACAAAUUCGAGCAGACCAAAGAGUUUACAAUGCGAUCAACAUGUUUAAGAACUAUUAUGAUAGCACGGUCAUUGCGCAAGCUUUAUCGCCUUCU